UACCCGGGGGGGGGGAGUGGCCGAGGUCACGUGAAUCUAUCAAACUGGUACACAGCUGAUCAUGACGUCACUCGUCAACAUGGCGGACUGGAAUAGAGGUCAUGGCUCUGUGGACGACCUGCUGGAUGCUGAAAACAAACGGCUGGCUGAGAACCUGGCCACCAAAGUCUCCAGACUGAAAUCUCUGGCGUACGACAUCGACCGAGAGGCUGACGAUCAGAACGAGUAUCUGGACAGCAUGGACUCAAACUUCCUGAGUGCGACGGGCCUGCUGAGCGGCAGCGUGAAGCGUUUCUCGACCAUGGUCCGGUCCGGCAGAGACAACCGCCGCAUCCUCUGCUACGUCUCCGUGGGCCUUGUCCUGGUCUUCUUCCUGCUUUACUACAUAGUCUCCAGGAUUCAACGCUGACGGGGGGGGAAACCCAGGAUCAGCCAGGAGCUGGUCCUGAUGUGGAGCUGAGACUAGAGACUCAUAUCUGAUAGGUUGAAAUCAUCUCUGUGGUUCUCCUGCGCAAGGAAAAGACAUUUUUUCUCUGCGUCCCCAUGAGAAAACAUUUAGUCGAAGCAUUGAAAGUUACCAGCAAAGGGGCGGGUGUCGGCGUUAGCGGGGGAAACGGGGGGGCGUGUUCAUACCAAAGAUGCUGGAGUCUAUUAAAAAAAGACUCCAGCACCACCUUUUGUCGUUAGGCUCGUUGGAGAUCAGCCAGGCCCGCGCAGAAUUGACCACCCAACCCCACCCUCCCAAUGCAUGCUGGUUAGAUUUGUGUCCGUCAUGCACACGUGGGCAAUGAUGACCUCACAGGAGCCAGGCGCCGCUGUAGCUCUCCACCGACUACGUGAUGGGAAACACCCGGCUCUCAACUGAUCUAACAGCUGAUUGGUUCAGAAUUGACUCAACACGAGGGCGUUUCAUAUCAACGUUUAUUUUAUUUUUUAUAGAUUUGUGUUGUCUUCAUGUCGACCAUGAACUUGCUGUCCUUCCGGGUCAAA